GCUUUGUGUGGUGUGUUGCUCCAAAGUAAAGGCUUCUGAGGUAGGAGGGAAAGGAAUAGGCAAAGGUACAUUGGGGUCCUAGUGUAUGAUGGAGAAGAGUAAAAUAUCCUAGAUGAGGGCUUGCACCUAAAUGUACAGCACCUUGAUUGUCUGUAAUCUACUCCUCCUCCUCAAUUAAAAAAAAAAUUUUAAAAGCAUUGCAUUAACCAAUGUAUAAGUUGCAAUUUUAUAUAAGGUGCAAAAGAACUUUUGAUUCUGAUGGUAUCUCUCCAUAAAUAAAUAAAUAAAUAAAUAAAUAAAAUAAACCUUAUUGUAACAGGAAUUUGGAUAUGUGCAGAAUUGUUGGGCUAUAGACAACUGGAAGUAAAAUAGAGUGUAUUCAGAGAUUCCUGAGCUAAAAAUUUAUUCCGGGGGUUUGUAAACCUGAUUAUAGAUAAUGGAUUAUUAUAAAUGUAAUGAUUUUUAAAUAGAUUUAAAACAUUGAUGAGAAAGAUUAGAGGAAUUUUUUUACAUUUUAAUUGAGUAACAAUCACUUUUAAAUACACAUCAGUAAUUAUUUCAGUGUUCAUUAUCUGUUACUCUUGCUGUGUCUUUUGAUUUAAAAGAAAUCGUUGGUUUUAUUUUUGAAUAUUUUUUCUUUUUUUUUCUUUUUUCUUUUCUUUAUUCUUUUUUCAGAUGACACGAGAACAAUACAUACUAGCAACACAACAAAAUAACUUGCCAAGGGCUGAAAAUGCACAGCUUUAUCCCGUGGGAAUUUAUGGAUGGCGAAAGAGGUGCUUAUACUUCUUUGUCCUUCUGCUGUUGGUUACCAUGAUAGUUAACUUAGCCAUGACAAUAUGGAUAUUGAAAGUUAUGAAUUUCACUGUGGAUGGUAUGGGAAAUCUGAGAGUCACCAAGAAGGGAAUCCGACUUGAAGGUAUAUCUGAGUUUCUACUUCCAUUGUAUGUGAAAGAAAUUCAUUCCCGAAAGGACAGUCCACUGGUCUUACAGUCUGACAGAAAUGUAACUUUGAAUGCCAGAAAUCACAUGGGGCAGUUAACAGGACAGCUGACUGUAGGAGCUAAUGCUGUGGAAGCUCAGUGUAAAAGAUUUGAAGUGAGAGCAAGUGAAGGUGGCCGGGUGCUGUUUUCUGCAGACGAAGAAGAGAUUACCAUUGGGGCUGAAAAAUUGAAAGUUACAGGUACAGAAGGAGCAGUAUUCGGGCACUCUGUGGAGACACCUCACAUCAGAGCAGAACCUUCCCAAGACCUCAGACUUGAAUCACCAACCAGGUCCUUGAUAAUGGAAGCUCCUAGAGGGGUCCAGGUGAGUGCUGCUGCAGGAGACUUCAAGGCCACUUGCAGGAAAGAGCUCCACUUACAAUCCACAGAGGGGGAGAUAUUUUUGAAUGCGGAUACAAUCCGACUGGGAAAUCUUCCAAUGGGCUCUUUUUCAUCAUCUUCAUCAAGCUCCUCAAAUUCUCGACAGACAGUGUAUGAGCUCUGUGUCUGCCCCAAUGGCAAACUUUACCUUUCUCCAGCAGGAGUAGGUUCCACUUGUCAGUACAGUAGCAACAUCUGCUUGUGGAGCUGAAGUAACUGAUUUCUCCUCACCAGAAUAGCCUUUUGUUACUGUCCGUCUGCUUCACAGUUCUGCUGGGUUUCCCUUGUGAUCAGUCCAGAGCUUCUUCAAAUGGUCCACAAAGCAACUUUUUCCAAGUUUACGCAGGGAUUCAUGGCCACAUCUCUUGUGAUUUACAGUACUGCUUACCACAGAGAAUGUGAGUGACAGAGCUGUGGAAAAUCAUCUUCAGCAGGAAAACUGGAUCAUAAGUUUUGCUCAAAAGGGAGAAUAACAUAGGUGCCUUUGCUAUAUGAAGUGAAGCACACAGUUUUAGAUUUUUGCAGGACCUGGAUAUGAACUGCACAUAUAUACAUUACCAUAGAUGAAAUUCCCAGUAUCCAAUGGCAAGAUGAAAUUGUUAACCCUGUAAGAAAACUAAUUCUACUGUCUGAAAGCACAAUUUUCCAUUCAUCUUUUUAGAUGUAAACUUUUAUCCCCAAAUUUUAAAAUUUUAAAGCAUUAUGUAAUGCUUGCUUUACUAAAAAUUAAAUUCAAUACAUGGUUUUUAACAAAACAAAACAAAAAAAAGAUUCCCACUCUGAGUUUUAUUUGUUUCUUUAAAUUCAAUGUGUUGUUACUCUUUGUCUACUAAGUCUAGAAUUUUGUACAUUAGGGAAUUUUGAAAGCACUCAGCAAUAUAAUCUUUACAGAAUUAACAAAAUGCCAUUAUACUAUCAUUUGUCAGAUCUGAAUGGCCUUAUAUAAUAUUUACUUGGCUAUUGCAUGUGGCAUAUUUGCUUUUAACAAGACACCUAAUUAAUUGCAAUAUAAGAUAGGAUCAAGAGGGAAAUUUUGAUGGUAUGGAAUCAUAGAUUAAAAAAAAUUAUAUGCUAUUCUCUACACUUAAGUUCUAAUAGUAGAUCUUUCGUUUGCUCCAUUCACUUUAUACUUGACUCUGCUAAAAUUCAAAAUCCUCUAAAUAAAUACUAAUGUGACGCAUAAUGCUGAGGAUGGAUUCACUUUCCAUUGAAAUAUUAUUUUCAUAAUUGUAAUUCUGUACUUUCAUUGGAGAUUGAGAGUUAAGGAGAUUAGAAAUUAAAAUCCCUGCUUAAU